AAUGCCAUUUGCAACAAGAGAGAAUGGAUUCCUCCAAGGUUUGCAUUGUCUCGGUGUGUUUAAUGGCCUUAACCACUCUAUCCUUCGCCCUAACCGGCCCUCAGAAAUUCGUCAAUGCCCAUAACGUAGCCCGCAAUGAAGUCGGCGUGGCCCCCCUCGUGUGGAACAAUACCCUCGCUGCCUACGCACAGAAAUAUGUCACCAAAAGGUCUGCAGAUUGUGCAAUGGAGCAUUCUGAGGGACCCUAUGGCGAAAACAUUGCAGCAGCCUCAUGGAAUCUGACUGCAAAGGAAGCUGUGGAUAUGUGGAUUGAGGAGAAGAAGUUUUAUAAUGCAAAGUCAAACACUUGUGAUGGAGAAGGAUGUUUGCAUUACACACAGGUUGUUUGGGCCAACACCAAGCGGGUUGGCUGCGCUAGGGCUAAAUGCCAAAAUGGAUGGACAUUUGUUUCAUGCAAUUAUGAUCCUCCAGGCAAUUACAUUGGCGAACGUCCUUAUUAGGCUGAUGCCUUAUGUUUGUUCAAGCUAAAAAAAUGACUUUUUACCCGUCAUUCAAUAACAUAUAUGAUGAUAUGUUAUGGGCUUUUUAUUUUCUUGCCAAGGUUAAUUUUGCAGUAGAAGAUGAAAAGAAAAUCUUCAAUCUUUCAUGCAAGCAAGCACAAUCAGUUUACUUGUUGCAUGAUUUGAGGUUUGAAUAUUCAUAUAUGAAUUUAAUUUAUUUCUUCUAUAUUUUAUUUUCCUUUUUGGUAAAA